AUGUCGCUAUCGCUGUCGGGCACUUUCAGCUGCGACAGUUCGCGCUUCAGCUGCGACGGCGCGCCCGACGACACGGGCUGGGAGAGCCCUUCGGAUUCCGGUGGCGACGCGGUCUUCGGCGCGCAGUACGGUGACCGCCUCCCCAGCCGCAGGCGGAGCUUCGCAGGCGCGGGCACGAACCUUUCGAUCGGACGGCUAUCGGAUGGGCAUUUGAGCCUGGAGCGCGCGUGCAAGUCGGCGACAGUGUCGCGCGUUAGCAGCCGCCUGCUGGCCCCCACGCAAUCGUCGCAGGCCAAGUCGCGCUCUCUCAACCAUCGGCGCGCGGCGGAGGACGGUGGGACGGUGGGGCGCGAACCGUUCAGCACCUCAUCGCAGCCGCGGAGGACCAAAGCUGGCGCGACAGCAGCAGGAGCGGCCCGCGGAACACCCACAGACUUAAACGAGCGUGUACAUGCGCCGGUUUGUAGCCCACCGCGCGGAAAGGUUUCUGUGGAAAAAGCAGCACAAAACGCGGCAAAAGGCGGGCAGCGCGGACAGGGGCGGCGACUGUCAGACGCGAGUGAGAAUCUGGCGCUGAAGCUGGCCAAGCACCGACAGGGGCUGGGGGUGGUGGGCGCCGGAGAUCCCAAGACGGGUGCUGGUGGCGCCUCUGCCACUCCACAUGUGCCACGUGGCGGGAGGGUGGGAUCUCGAGGGGGGGCUGCGGCUCUGCCCGUGUCCCGCAGUGCGCUGGCUGCGGACAGGAAGCCGCUGGUUGCGGGAUCUGCGGGGAACGUUGCGCAGAGCCGCGUUGUGGCGGGGGAAGUGAAGCCCCGACAGCGCCUGGCGGACGGGAAAGGUCCGCCUAGUGGUAGCGGCGGACGAAUCCCCGCGCAUGGCGCACCGGACGGGGGAAAGGGGCUGCGGGAACACAGUGCGGGGGGAUCAGUGAGCGGUAAGGGGAAGAACGAAAAGCGGGUAGUAGGGACAAUCGGAGUGGGGAACGGUGGGAGGGGCGUGAGCGCGGAGCAGAGGACGAAGAAGCGUGGUGAGGAGCAAGAGGCAACCCCUCACACAGAGCCGUCGCGAGGGUCGAGGAGGAGUGGAAGGCGGGUAGCUGCGAAAGGCCCGCGUGGAUGCGAUCAGAGUAGAGCGGAGGAUGGGUCUGCGCACCACCCGGCAAUCCGCACUGCACCCCGCGCGCAACACACGCCUUCCCACCAACACCCGACUCCUCCUCCACCUCAUCCUGAUCAACUGCCUCUGGUCACCCAGCCAACUGGUAACCAGUCCAUCAGCCAAACCAGCUUCACCCUCCCGCCCAGCCUCCUCCCCCUCCCGCUCACCUUCCCCUCACCCUCCCCAUCCUCCGCGGGAUCCGCGGAGGACGCGGACAUGCCGUGGGCGGAGCUGAUAGGCGACGUGCGCGGUAUGGAGCAGGACGUGCAGUACGUGCGGCACGCCAUGCUCGCCGCCGGCUUCCUCUCCGACGCCCUUCCCCCCCUCUUCUCCCCGUACCUCCCCAUCAACCCCGCCUUCUUCCAGCACCUCGAAGCCGCCUUCCUCAUGCGCUGCUGCGCGCACGCCACGCACGACCCGUCUCACCUGACUGCCAGCCUGCCCUCCCUCCCUCUCGCCAUACCCGCGUCAUACCACGAGGAGCGCCGGCAGCGCAUGCUGCUCUUUGACGCCGUCAACGAGGCUCUCGGCCGCCGCCUCGCGCCUUUCCUCCCGCGCGCGCCGUGGUCCCCCGAGCCCGUGCAAGUGGCGCCGCGGAGGCGGCCUGUGGGCAUGGAGCUGGUGCAGGAGGUGUGGUCGGAGAUUCACUCAUGGCCCGUGGCGUCCACUGAUGAGGUGUACACGGUGCUGGAUGAGUCAGCAAGGCGUGAUUUGUGGAGGGGCACGGAGAGGUGGCGUGCACAGGAUGUGGCGGAGGAGGAGCCGGGUGUUGUGUUUGAUGUGGAAGGGAUGCUGCUGGAGGAGCUGCUAGAGGAGGUGUGCCUGGAGUUUGUAGAGGUGGAGCAGAGGCGGGCGAGUAAGAGGAUGUCAGUGCAUGGGGUGGUGAAGGCACAGAUUACAUCGUCUGGCUUUGUCUGUGCGGCUCAUGUGAAGGGAUCUGGAAGGGAUGGAGUGGUGGCACUACUUGGUCCUGCUUGCCCUACUGCUGGAGUGCAGCAGGCAGGGGGGCAGCCGGGGGUGCCCGGGGCACCCCGGGGAGCGCAGCAGGCAGGGGGGCAGCUGGGGGUGCCCGGGGCACCCCAGGGAGUGCAGCAGGCAGGAGGGCAGCCGAGGGUGCCCGGGGCACCCCAGGGAGUGCAGCAGGCAGGGGGGCAACCGGGGGUGCCCGGGGCACCCCAGGGGGUGCAGCAGGCAGGGGGGCAGCCGGGGGUGCUCGGAGCACCCCAGGGAGCGCAGCAGGCAGGAGGGCAGCCGAGGGUGCCCGGGGCACCCCAGGGAGUGCAGCGGGCAGGUGGGGAGCCAGGGGUGCCCGGAGCACCCCAGGGAGUGCAGCAGGCAGGAGGGCAGCCGGGGGUGCCUGGGGCAUCCCAGGGAGUGCAGCAGGCAGGAGGGCAGCCGAGGGUGCCCGGGGCACCCCAGGGAGUGCAGCAGGCAGGAGGGCAGCCGAGGGUGCCCGGGGCACCCCAGGGAGCGCAGCAGGUAGGAGGGCAACCGAGGAUACCUGGAGCACCCCAGGGAGAGCAGCAGGCUGGGGGGCAGCCGGGGGUGACCGGAGCACCCCGGGGGGAGCAGCAGCUAGGGGGGCAGCCGGGGGUGACCCGAGCACCCCAGGGCGAGCAGCGGGCAGGGGAGCAGCCGGGGUUGACCGGAGCACCCCAGGGAGUGCAGCUGGCAGGAGGGCAGCCGAAGGUGCCUGGGGAACCCCAGGGAAUGCAGCAGGCAGGAGGGCAGGGAGUGCAGCAGGAAGGAGGGCAGCCGAGGGUGCCCAGAGCACCCCAGGGAGAGCAUCAGGCAGAGGGGCAGUCGGGGGUGACCGGGGCACCCCAGGGAGUGCAGCAGCCAGGGGGGCAGCCGAGGGUGCCCUGGGCACCCCAAGGAGCGCAGCAAGCAGGGGGGCGAUCGAUGGACGACCAGGAGCAACAGUUGGAGGAGUGGUGUCGACUUCUGGAGCUUGAUACCCCCAUGGCGACUGCAGAGGAGUCAGAGGUGGACGAAGAACCUCCCUUGCCGCCUUCCCCAUGCCCCUGCUUCCCGUGCGACACGUGUUUCCACACUUUCGCUACGCGGGGGGGCGCAGCGAACCACAUGAGGGUAUGCCGAGCGGCUGAGGCGGAGAGGCGUGCACAGGCUCUCGGCUCGAUUCCGUCUCUGGUGGAGACUGACACGCAGGAGCGAUCGACGCCGCGGGAAUUUGGGGACGAGGCGUGGGCUGGGGUUACGUCAUGGGAAUGGGAAACAUUUUUCAGUGUGGAGGCGGUUGGAGGAAGGACAGUUCGCCGGAUCCCACAACGGGCCAGGUCGGGGGUCUUAGACGUGCUCUGUUGCAUCCUUAAGCGCUUGAAGAGCCAGCCGGGAGAUGAAGCCGCUACCCUCCUACUCUUGGCAUUUCCGCGCCUCAUCCUAGCCAUGCCUCCAAAGCCAGGCAUAGGUCAAAAGGCGCUGAUCACAGAGCGGUUGGGAGCGUUCUGGGAGGGGAGGUGGCGAGAGCUGUUCGACUCUGCCAUGGCGGCAGCGCGGCCAGCAGUUCGCCCACUUUCCUACACUCGCUCUGACCAGGAUCCGGAUGCCAUCCGCCUGUCACGGUGCCGAUCUCGGUGCAGAGUGGGGGAGUGGAGCCGAGGAUUGGCCUGCCUUACAGCAGGGGAGUUGGCUCGACCGUCUGAGGUCAUGGGGCAGUCGCUGCGAGAGAAGCACCCGGCUAGCGCAGGCGAGGUACCACAGUGGGUCCGCGAUUUCACCAUCGAUACCGCUCAGCGGCCUUCACUCACGACCGACAUCCUGGCCAGAGCUAUCCAUACAGCCGCUCGAGCCUCAGCAGCAGGGCCAUCGGGGUGGGUCACAGAGCAUCUGCGCGACACCUUCCUCACUGAACCUACCUGCCUUUCCCACCUGUUGGAAGUGUUCAACCAAUGGGUGGCGGGACAGGUCCCCGAGCGGGCUCGGCCAUGGCUCGCCGCAUCCAACCUAGUCGGGCUUUCCAAGCCUAACGGCGACGUCCGGCCGGUGGCGAUCGGGGAGGUGCUUCCUCGUAUCCUUGCUCGUGCUCUCUGCAUCUCGCUCCGCCCUGCGAUGGUUUCCUACUUCCUACCAUGCAACCAGCUGGGAGCGGGCACCAGGGUCGGGGCGGAGAUUCUCACUCAUUCUUUCCGGUCAGCGCUGGCCACUCACCCCGACUGGUGUGCGCUACAGAUAGACGUCGCAAACGCCUUCAAUUCGUUUCACCGUAAUGUGAUGUUCGAUGGGCUGCGGGAGUCGCCUUUCUCAGGGAUGAUCCCAUUCUUGCGUGUCUUUUAUGGGACACCUAGCGACCUGUACCUCCGAGCAGGCCCUUUCGUACAGAGCCUCGAGUCAGCACGGGGAUCGAGGCAGGGGGACCCGCUCGGCCCUUUUCUUUUCGCAUUCACGCAGCAGCAAGUGAUGGAGCCGAUUACUAGGGAGUUCAAGGACCUGCUUUUCCUCAGCUAUGCAGACGAUACCUAUAUUUUGGGGCCAGCAGCUAGGAUUCUGGAGGCUUUUGGGGUGCUGCGGGAGCGGUUGGAGUGGGUGGGGCUGGAGGUACAGGCGCACAAGUGCCGGUUUUGGGAGCGCGAGGGCGAGGGGGUGGAGCGGGCACUGCCAUUGGGGAUGCAGGGUUUAGAAGAGGGUCUUACUGUGGUGGGCGUGCCUAUUUGA